CUGAGCUGAGUACACUCCACUUGCUGGCCUUUAAACUGAGAGAGAGAGAGAGAGAGAGAGAGAAAAAAGCAGCUUUAAAUUAAAUAGAAGACUCUAAAAAACCCCUUUUAGCAGCUCAUUUCAGGUCACUAAUCAGAGCUGCAAGAAGCUGUAAUUUGACUUUCAGAGAGGUGAAGAAGAGAGAUUAGAGAGGAGGGCGUGACAGGGAGCCAGCCGAGCAGGCAAGCUGCUGCCGCAAGGGGAGGAAGAGCAGGCGAUGCAUCAGCCAAAGCCAGAGGUCAAGAAAAAAAGCGACAUAAUAGUGAAAAGGUAGACAUCAGAGAGAGGAGGGUCAUUUUGUGAUCUGAGCCAGAAACCAGCCUCUCUUUGUUGUUGUUGUGUGGGGCCAACCGAGCAGGGAGGAGGAUGUGAAGAGAGAGAGAGAGCUGCAGGGAGAAAGGGAGGCGACUGCAAAGAAAGACCAGAAAAAAUGCUCUCAGAGAUGAUGUGCAGAAGGAGCUGCCAGCAGCAGCAGCAGCAGCAGCAGCAGGACGGGAAAGGGGCUCCACAGAGAGACCCUUCCAGCCGCAGGAAGCACGGCUGGUCCAAGAGCUGCAGGGGGCGCCAGCAGGGGCGGAGAGGGGGAGGGUGGCCAUGGGGGCGCAAUCACCCCCAGCAGCCCCCUCAACGUCAUCAUCCACCCCGACACUUCCCGAGGCCGGUGGUGUCCCUCCGGCCCGUCAACGUCAAGGGGAACAGAGCGAGGGGCAUGCGGGCCCCCAAGAACACCAACCAGUUUCUGAUGCACGAGAAGUACCAGAUGCUGCACAUGCGCUCUGACUCGGUCGGGAGCGACAGCAGCAGCUCCGAGAGCGACGUGGAGCUCACGGACAUGGACUCGUACCUGGGCGUCCUGGAGAAUGCGAGAGGAGCCCUCUUGGACAGUCCCAACCCACACGGCUCGCCGCCGCCACCACCAGGACAGAUUGUGGUACUGCACGAGGACAGUCUGCGUCUGCACGAGGACAGUCUGCGUCUACAGGAGGACAGCAUGCAGUAUUUCCCCUCUGAAGAUGACCUGAUUAAGAGCCAGAAUUUCAUGCAGAGGGACUUUGUUGAGUUCUGUGACAUCCUGACACCUUGAAGGGGAACUUUCAGGGAGCCAUUUUAUUCUCGGCAGUGUUUAAACUUAAACCUCUGACAGAGCGGGGUCAGGUUGGUUCCGCUUCAUGCUCACAGACAUUUUUUUUAAAAAGUCUCCAUCUUAUCCAGUCAUUUAGCCUUAAAUGUUAAGAAUCUGCUUGCAAGGUGAGAUGAUUCCAGCAGAAUUAAACUUCAAAAAAAAUAUUUUUUUAAAUCAAGUGUUUUCUUAAUACUCGUGCAGUUAUCUGCUUUAGUUCUUCUUUUUUGAAGACGCUGAUAAAUGAUCUCACCAUGUUGGUAUUUUUCUAGGUUUAAGACAAAAAACUUGUGCUGAAUGCAAAAUGAAAUGACAUUAUUAAGAAAGACGUUUUUUUACUUUUCGUAUUUGGUUCAUCGUGUACAAUGUGUCCAGGUGCUGUAAAGUGCUGCCUUUCUGUUGUUGUUGCACACAAAGAGAGAAGGGUUGGGUGGUGGGAGUGAGCCCAAACAGCCAAUCGGCAUCGAGCUGACUGGAUUAGGCUGCAGAUGAUUGGCUGAUGCAGACUGUCAUUACCAAAAAGCCAUUUACUGUACAAAAUAAAAAAUGACAAAAAAAAACCACAAAUAAAAAUCUGGUUGAUGUAACGUGGGCUGAUUCAUUGUCUUUGUGGAUAUCAAUGAGUGCAAAUUUUUUUUAAAUAAAAAUGUGUUAUUUA